UUUCUAAAAUUUAAUGUCAGAAACAAUCCAGAAAAAAGUAAAACAAAACUACCCUUGGACACAUGUACGGUCUAAACCUCCAAGAUUCAAGCUCUUAAGAAAAACAGAGCAGACCAACAGUCAGAAGUAUAGCUGCUCUCGUUGAUAUUGGACCCCACACCAUUAGAGAACAGCUUGAUUGUGCAGUAAAUUUAGGAGGGCUUUAUGUCCUCCUCGAACUUCUUUAUUAUAGAAGAGUGAAUUGUUUGUUCUGACUGCGCAGUCUGGCCUCUUUAGAACUUAUUAAAAGACCCCCUUUCUGUCUGUUUCUCUUUCACUCUCUCUUUCUCUGUGUGGAGGAGAGCUCUCUCUAUACUAUUAUUUCUUAAUAACCAACUUUGUCCUGAACUUCCCCAGCUUGCCGUAAUAGCAAAUCAUCAUAAAAAACCCGCCCCGCCCGACUUUUCUAACAAUUUUGUUAUUUUUGUAGCAAAAAAAAGCUUUUAAUUAUGGCUGUUGACCUACACAGAGCAAGAGAGUUAAUGCUUCCUCUUCGGUUUCUCGCUGACAACAACAAAAACAACGACGAAGCUGGUAACAAUAAUAUUCUCUCCAACAACAACGACAACAAUAACAACUCUUCCUCUACCCUCAUCAACCAGACCAACAGCGAUUUUAACGUUCCUAAUAACAACAACGGCUUUCAACCGCCGUUCGAUUUGUCAUCUCCGGGGUCAUCAUCAUCGGAACUUGCUUCGUUUACUGAAACAGAGACCGACGAGGAGGAAGAAGAAGACGACGACGAUUACAUUGCUGAGUUAACUCGGCAGAUGGCUCACUAUAUGUUUCAAGACGAUGACAAACAACUCAGCUCUCAGAAAAUCGACAAGUCAUGGGUUGGUUUGGGUGGUAGCCCACAUUAUUCCUCGGUGCUCUGUUCGCCAAAACAUGAAAUCCCGAAAUGGGAUCUUCGGGAACCAUCGCCACCACCGACUAGGCCUAAGAUUCAGAAACAUAGGACCAACAGUGCUUGUGAAAUAUUGGGAAAGUUGGAGCAGGUGAAAAUAAGCGACGAAGUUUCAAAAAACUCACAGCCUCCUCCUCAGCAGCAAUUUCAGAGCAUGCUUCAAGAUCCCAGUUCAACAACAAAAUCAGUGGACAACAAUCAAAGUCCCGGUUUCUGCUCAAACCAAGCAACUCUCAAUCAAAUUCGAGCUAUUCAACUCUACAAGCUGAAACAAGAGCGGCUAUUAAAGCAACAAACUAAAGAGACACAGCAUCAUCUACAAUUUCAGAAGAAAAACAACAGAGGUUAUGCAAAUGGAUGUGUUAAUGGAAUCGGGUCUCGUCCAACUCCAUGGGUUAACCAGCAACAGCAAAACGGGUCGGGUAUGAGAGCGGUUUUUAUUGGUGGAUCUAGUUCAACAAGUAAUGGUGGGUCUAGCGGGACCGGUGUAUUCUUACCCUGUGUAACUGGGAGCACCACCACGAGCCAAUCACGCAAGAAACGAGGAUGUUCACCAGUGCUUAUACCAGCAAAAGUAAUGCAAGCUCUGAGAGUUCAUUUUGACAGAAUGGGUUAUAACAUCUCUGAUCCACAAGAAGCUUCUGAUUUCCCUACACUACAAGAGAGUUAUCGGAAUAGUGGUGGAGGAAGGAGUUCAGAGAAAUGUCCAGAGAAGAAGCGGCAUUCUCGGGCGGUGCCGGCCAUGAAGCAUAAUGAAAUGGGUCUGCCUCAAGAAUGGACGUACUGAGACUCUCAUUUGUCCUAAUAAGGCCAACGCACAAAAAAAUAGCAUAACUAGUACAAUAGCACAUGCAAUUUUAAAAGCUAGCUUAGACUUUUCCUUUUGUUUGUUCCCCACCACCAUACACUUUCUCUUCUAUUCAGUCUCUUCAAUGUGAUAUAUAUAUUUAGUGGAGCUUUUGGCAGUUUUUGCCUUAAAAGAUCCAGUACAGAGAAUAAAGUGGGAAAAAAAAAAAAAGAAUGGAAAAUACAACUUCAUCAAUAUACAGGGGAAUGCAUAAUAAGGAGAGGAUAGGACACCAAGUUCAGAGGAAUACUCUUUAUUUUUUUAUUUGAGAAGAAAAAAAUUACAUGCAGUAUUUGAAAAGUUUGUCUGGGAAUGGUGGAACAAACUCUGCUGUCUUUUGCUAGCUAGCUAAAAGAAGCAAAUACUUGUUCUAGUCCUUUCAUGUGAUUGUAAUAGAAUCCUGGUUAUUAUAAUAAUUUAGCCUCCUGGCUGUUAGGUUUA